AUGUCUCAUGUUGCUUUGCAAAGUGGAGGUUACGAGAGAAUGCCAUGUCAACUUCGAGAUGUCUACAACAUGGUUGCUGGUGCCAAGCGAGAAGAAAAGAUAGAGACGGACUCGGAAGGAGCGUUGGGAUUUCUUGAUUGUCUCGCAGAGAGGGAUCCAAAUUUCUUCGUUGUAUAUCAGGUGGACGAGGAGAAUCGAUUGGCUAACUUAUUUUGGGCAGAUGGAAACUCACGUGUCGACUAUGUGGCUUUUGGGGAUGUACUAGGGUUUGAUACCACCUACAUGACAAAUGAGUACAAUAAGCCUCUCACUGUUCUCAUUGGUGUAAGCCACCAUUUCAACACAUGCAUCUUCGGGUUCGCUCUCCUCCUCCAUGAGAAGCUUCCAUCCUAUCAUUGGCUACUUCAAAAAUUUCUCGAAUGCCAUGGAGAUAAGAAGCCAAAUGUUGUAGUUACUGACCAAGAUGUGGCCAUGAAACAGGCCAUCAUGGAACACAUGCCUGAUGUUACACACCGUCUAUGUGCUUGGCAUCUCAAUACAAAUGCUUCCAAAAAGGUUAAAGAUCUGAUCUUCUUGAAAAGAUUUAAAGAUCUAAUGUACAACUACUACGAGGAGGAGCAUUUUGAAGCAAGAUGGUUAGACGUCGUCGAAACCCAACAACUAACAGAUAAUGAAUGGUGCCAAACAACAUUCGACACAAGAAAACAGUGGACAAAAACUUAUUUAAGGGGUUCAUUCGUUGCAGGAAUGAGAACCACACAACGUUGCGAAUCGAUCAACUCAGCCCUAAAAAAAUUUUUAGAGAAGAAUUAUUGCUUGCGUGAAUUUGUAACAACCAUAGAUAUGACAGUCUCAAAGCUCAGACACAACGAGACUGUAAAUGACUUCAAAAGCAGAUGCACUCGACCUCACCCACCUAAUCCUACAUGCUUGACCACGUAA